AUGUCACAACAUCAAACUCCAUCUAGUUCAAAAACUACUAAGCCUACUCACAAAGAUAGCACUCCUUCCAUGGACAUUCACGAUGAUGAGAUUUUGGAUGUGGUCCCUCUGUCUGUUAUUCCAGGCGAAGCCCUUGAUUUAAACCAUCACAUGGAUGCAUCAGCUUAUGAAUGCCCCAAUCAAGGUAACAGCUCUAGUAUCCCUUUUAGCUCAACUCAUGCCACUAGUUCUAAGAAAGAUAUACAUCACACUGAUCGUGCUAAGCGUAUGAAGACUAGAAAAGGUAGAUUUGUGGCUGAAAUGAUGUCAGCUAAAACAGCCAAGAAGACUGUUGGUGUUGGUCCUUCCAAAUCUUGGAGCAAGGUUGAUGUGAAGAAGAGGAAGAGGACCAUUGUGAGGAAGUCCCUUGUGAAAGUUGUUGCUGUGCAUUUGGAUAAUAUUUCAUUCCAUCUUGAAGAUGGAGUUGCCAAAUGGAAGUUUGUGAUUCAAAGAAGGAUGGCUGUAGAGAGAGAGUCAGGAAAGGAUGUUGUUGAAGUCAAAGAGGUCAUGGACCUAAUAAAGAAUGUUGAGUUAAUGAAGACUGUGGCUGGGCUAUCUCAGUGCUAUGAGGGAUUGGUUAAGGAAUUCAUUGUCAACAUUCCUGAAGAUAUUGCUGAUAAGAACAGCAAGGAAUUUUGCAAAGUAUUUGUGAGAGGAAGAAGUAUAGAGGGUGCAGGUGAAUUGGUAGCUACAGACAAUGAGGUUUGUAGAGAAAUUACAGCAAGGCUGGUGAAAGGGUGGCCUAUUAAAAAGCAUCUUCCUGCUGGGAAGCUAAUUGUGAAGUAUGCUAUAUUGCAUAAAAUAGGAUCUGCAAAUUGGCUGCCUACCAACCAUAAAAUAGGAUACUGCAAAUUGACUAUGGUAGAUUUAUGGGGAGAAAUAGCUAUUGUUAUAGCUAUAGAUGAUGUUAUAGAUGAUGUUGGAGAUGAUGUUGGAUGUUUGAUACAAAGGAAGGAGAAAAGGGGGAAGUGUUAUAUCUGUGUGAAGAAUAUUGGUGCUAGCUGA